GAUUUAUAGUUCAUGAACAAUGUACUAGAGAAUUAUGACAUUUUAUGUACAUAUUUACAUAAUCUUCUGAAUGAGCUGGUGUACACGGCACUACACGCUAUACAGUCGAUUUUUUAAGUGUAUAUAAAAUAUUUACACACGUAUCCAGGCUCAAUCCUGAGUCCAGACUCUAGACUUCAGACUCCAGAGGGACAUGGUUUCAGAAUGCGAAAUAUCACUUUGAGACCGUUCGAAAGCCUGCAAGGCGCAGGAUAUCUUUAGCUUCGAUCGCAUGCUUUGAUUUACUCUAGAGCUAUCCAGUGUUUACUUCAUUGUCUUGCGACGAGCAAUAUCGUUCUAUUCUAAACUCAACAAUGGACGCUCUUCGGCUGCCGGCAUACCGAUGUCGUGAGAACUCAAAUGUUUUAUUUUCGAUAAGUCUACAGAUGCUUUGUGCGUUGCAUGUAGGUUAGAAUAAAGUUCGGUACAUCAAACAUAAAAACAAAAUAUUACGGAGUUUAUCAGACAUUUUAUCACCCCAUAUGUAAUUAUGUACUGCACAAGAAGUUAUUGAAACUUGACGUCUGCUGUUUGGCAACGUAUAAAUAUAAAUAAACUAGCAAAAACAGCUUAAAGUUCAUACUGGUGGCAAGUAUAGUAGAGCUAGACAAGAGGAAGAUGUCCGACCUUGUGCUUUUUAGAUUCUCAAAACAGAGGUGAAGUCUGAGCUUAUUUGGAGAUGUGUGGAAAUCAUGAGCUCGACUUAAGUCGUGGGUUAGAGAGGGUGCCAGUAAAACUAACGAACAGAUCUUCUGACGAACUGACGGAAAAACCAUAUAUCGUAGGACUAGUUGGGAAAAGUGGGACAUCCUUAGCACCCCUCGCCUACACACAAGGGUGCGCGUGUCCCGGGUCAAAGUGUGAUGUAAAUACGUGUGCCUGUGUCCGUAAGUGGGGCGGUACGCAGCCGGGCUACAGUGUGCUUCCUGAUGACAAAGAUGCUUUAGAUAGCGGUGAGUGGAUGGGACUUUCCGAUGUCCAUGGGGAUGGCUCGAAGUUUCUGCUCAUCUACGAAUGCGGUUCUGCCUGUGGAUGCAAUGAAAAUUGUGGAAACCGGCUGGUGCAACAUGGAGUCAAUAUCGCGUUAGAGGUAUAUAUGACUGAGAGAAAGGGUUGGGGUGUCAGAGCUCUGGCCCCAAUUCGGACAGGCCAAUUUGUGUGUGAGUAUGCGGGAGAGGUCAUCAAUACACGCGAGAGCAAACGACGGCAAAGCGAAAUGUAUGAUCCUUUCGGCCUCAAUUACCUGUUGAGUGUAACUGAGAAUAUUGUAGAGCGUGUGGGAGACCGUUUGAGUGUUUCUGAAGCUUUUGUUGGGGGGUUAGAUGGCCAGGAGGGAGCUGAGCGAGAUGGCACCUCACAGAAUAAGCUUGUAGAUAACAGUGAUUAUAUGCCCCAAAGUGUUCCCCUGCUGAAACGUGCGCGAGUGAGCGAAAUAGAAGCGAACGUGUGCGUUCAGGAGAAGAAGAUAAGGCCGGAUACCGACACAUCGCCAGCACUCGCACAAACGAAUGCUCCAAUAGCGCACCUGGGAAUAACUUCAAGCCUUAACUUUGUGUCGGGUACAAACACAGUGUCGGGUACAAACACAGGCCUUUGUGACGGAGCACCAAAGAGUGAUGGCUCUGAUGAGCAUUCGGAGUAUAGUUCAGAUACAGAGGUCAAGUACACUCAACAUCACCCUCAAGAGGUACAUACAAGUGGUGAGAAAGGCGCUCAAUCACUUAGAAGGACUGCAUCUCCACAACACUCGAGUUAUAGAACGAAUAUCGAUGCAACGAUGAUGGGGAACGUAGGACGGUAUAUCAAUCAUAGUUGUGACCCGAAUCUGACUAAGCAAAUCGCCAGACACGGACUACCCUUGCCGUCAGUAGCACUAUUCGCGAAUCGAGACAUACAAGCAGGUGAAGAGUUGACAUUCACAUAUGGUGAUGUUAUACAUGAACAACUAAGCAAAGGUACGUACGUAGAGCGAGAGACACACUCGCGCGCACAUUCUACUACUGGUAAAGCAAGUGAUGAUGGUACGCGAAAAGUUACGCAAUGCAAGUGCGGUGCUUUAGUCUGUACUGGAUUUAUGCCGUUUCAAGCAGACUAAGCAGAUUAUCUUCAAGUUGAAAGGGGUGAUGAAAAAUUGCGAAUAAAAAUUGGAUGCGGAUGCACCCUGUGCGUGGACUUUUGGCCACUGCCAACUGAUGCCGUGAGUAACAAACGUAGUAGACGUUUAGGUCUGAUUUUGUAACCAUGACUUGCAUA